GACAGGAUACUAAAUAGCACCAUUUUUAUAUAGCACCAUUAAAUACAACCCAAUCGCAAUUAUAAAAUAAAUAAAUAUAAAUAAAUAGGACUUCUCUCUGCUAUGACCAGGGCUUUGUUUCUCAAAAGCAUCGUAGGCCCAAGUAGAUCGUAGAACCAUUGUCAACACUCACGAUGCUUUUCAGAAACACAGUCCUGUAUCUACAUUAAUAAUUUGAUAUUUAUGAUGACGUAAUAUUUUGUUAAGCUACUUUCCAUCUUCCAUCCAUGUCGUGUUUGUUUCACAAGGGAGACAAUGAAGUGCUGAGAUCAGCAAGGCACCUUUUGUCACUAUUGACACAAGAAAAAGCUGAUGGGCCUUCUACGAGUCAGGGUCUAAACAGAUCAUCUAAUGUCAGAUGCCAAACUCCGGGGCCAUCUUCUGUUCAAACAGAAAUGACCAGGUCCUUUCCUGGAUUAUUUUCAAAUCGUAGAGGAAAACGGCGCUUCACCGGACCAUGUCCUGUGCCCGUUAAACUAAAACCAUUUCAGGUCAUGUUCCAUCUGCUGCCAGCCCAAUGUGAGCGGUCCCCAAGUGGUCCAGAUCAACUGCUCCACACACAAGCAGGACUUGGACGCAGAACUGCCACUCUUGAUGAAAACAUGACUCAUCAGGAGUUAUGUGAUAAACUCAUCGAAUUGUAUCCAAAACUUGGUGAGGUAACUGGUGGUUGGCUUCUUUAUAAGGCAUCAGGGGGUUGGGGAAGUCGGAAGCUCUCUCUUGUGGCACCUGCAGACUGUGGGUACACAGGCAGGCUAAUCAAAACCUCCAAAAUAGGGGAGAAUUCUGUCAUCUAUAUAGCUCCACUACAAGAUGAGCUAGAUAUCGCUCCCUUGCCACCAUCAUCAGAAGCAUUUCGAGAUAUGCCUAAGGCAAUGUGCAAAAAAUGCAAAAUACUGUACCCACUUCAGAUCCUCACAAACCACAUUAAGACUUGUUCUGAUGUUGUUGUGGUUGAAGAUGGAAAUGAAAGUCAGGAUGAAACUCAGCAUGAGGCACAUGAUGUGGAAAGUGAGAAAAAGAGCAAUGUACAGGCUUGCUGUCCUAUUUGUCAAGAAGAAAUGCCCCUUGACAUCUUGGAAAUUCAUGCCAGUGAAUGUGGGGAAAGACCUAUGGAUGAUGAAAAUAACAACACAGCUGAGUUGUCAUGUAUGGAUAAUGAAGUGAAUGACACUGCUGAGUUUUCAUACAUGGAUAAUGAUUGGAAAACCCAUCCAGAUCCAAAAGUGGCUACGACCUUGUACAGAAAGGAAAUUCUCAGACUGCAUGAGACAGGGAAACCUCUUUUAAUGUGUAUGGACUUGAGAACAUGUGCUGAAGAACAGGAAAGGCAACUGAUCAACUUCUACAAGCAAAGAAAUGUAGAGUGGGCAUGUCCUGUUAAAUGUCAACUUGAAGGGGAUGCUGCAGUUGGUGAUGGCGUCACCAGGCACUUUUUUUCUAUAAUUCUUGAAAAACUGAAGUAUGGUUUCAGUUUGAAUUUGGGAAACACAGGAGUUACUUGCCUCUUUGAGGGACAGCCAGACCACUUGGUGCCCUCAUCGUCACAAUUCCUCAUUGAAAGUGACCUCUUCUUAGUAGCGGGGAGAAUGCUAGGCCAUUCCUUUCUGCACGGUGGCCCAUGUCUUGCAGGGCUUAGCAGAGCUUUUGUUCAUGUUCUCCUUCAAGGUUCUCAAGAUACUGCCACUUUGCAAUUGGAGGACUGCCCAGACGUUGACAUACGAGAGACCAUCAACUUGCUCAGUGGACAGUCUCCAUUGAAUAAUGAUCAGUCUAAUAAAGUCCUGGAACUGUGUUUGUCUUGGGAUCUUCCUGGUCCAACAGAAGAAAAUAGAAGGUGGCUCUACGAACGUCUGUUGUCACAUGCGGUUCUCGGGAGAAGAACACGCCAAAUCAAACAAAUCAAACGAGGACUGAAAGACACUUUUGUUUGGCCUCUUCUAACUGAGAGGAAGGAUGUGGUAUUCUUCCCCAAGGAAUCAGAGGAUUCAUGCACUCCUGAAAUGCUGCUUUCCCAUAUCUCCUGGCCUAGAGAGAGUGAUGACGAAGAUGAUGACGAAUACUCAGCUGACACAAAGGAACGGAUCACAGGGUAUUUAAAGCAGUUCAUUGAGACAGGUAUAUGCCUCAGAGUUUGAAGAGUUCAACAGAGUUCUUAUUGAGUUUUUUUUUUAAUUAGCAGUUGAAGUCCAAGUGUAAGAAGCCUAAUGUAAGAAGCUAUUCUUUCAUGUCUCAUUUUUCAAACAUUAAUAAUGGCUUGCAGGUGAGCAGAGGCAAAGCUUUUCUCUUUGUUUACAUUGCAGCAACAACAUAUAACUUUUUAGAACUGUUAAUAGAAAACGCAACUAUAAAUAAAAAGACAUUACACAAGUUGUGAUCCAUAAACACCAGAGUAAAUGGGAACUGCUCCAUCUUUUAGGAGAAGUUUUUAUGCGUAGCUGCACUUUACUCUCUAAGGUUCUGGAAGCAGUUUUCCAUAAAAUGUGCUACACACAUAUAAUGGGGUUAUAAUGUUCAUGAACAGUUUUCUGAAUAAAUUCUCACUACUCUAAAGUUUGUCAGACUUAGGAAGGUCAAACAAAUGAGUUUAUGAAACGUUGUGGAAAAAGUGUUUAUUUGACAUAGCACCAGCACUGUCUUCUCUAAUGCAGCUCAACCAGGCCUUGUUUCCUUUUUUUGCGUAUUCUGUGGGCGGAGGUUUUUUAAAUGAGUAACAUUAUGACUUCAUAAAGCCUGAAAAAAUAUGUUGUAAUCCAAACAAGCCAUUCGUUGUAGUUCCAAAAAGGGGAUUCUGUAAAAUAAAAUGUCUCCCUUUGGUGUGAACUUUGAGCUUUGCAAACUUGCAGAUAUUUUUUUUUAUGUUCAAACAGCUACA